AUGUCCAGCGACGAGGAGUUUGUGCCCGAUGAGGCGGAUAUGGUGCUGCUGAGGGACGACGAUGAUGGUGAUGAGGAAGGGGAUGAGGAAGGGCACGAGGAGCCGCCAACCAAGCGGGCAAUGCAAAGGACACGCAAAUCUGCGCCCAAGCCCAAACCCAAGCCCGGCACGAAGCAGCACACGACCACGCAGAAGCUUGCAAAGGUACGUGCGCACCUCAAAGACUUGAGGGGUCAGCGAGGCCUGACAGAGAGGGAAACGCUUACGCUCUUGCAUGUGUACAUUGAGCUGAAAUUGAAGCACGAGAUGAACCGGGGGAAGUCCAACGGCGAGCCCUCAGAUGGGCCGGUCGACCAACGUGUUGCUGAGCUACUGGGGAUUGGGCUGAGCACUGUGCGGCGGAAGUACGCACUGCUCAACAAGCUUUUUGAAGAGCACGGCGUGGAUGGCCUGGAACGUCUCUUUGUUGAGAAUCGUCGUGGCAAGAACACCAAGCUCCCGACGCGCGUUCCCACGACCAAGCGUGUGCUUCGUCAAGUUCGCGACUUCGUGCAGAUGCAGACGGAGGCUGGACAGCGUGUCACAGCUGUGCAAGUGUUUAAGUUUCUGCGCCAGCACGGGCACGUGGACGUACAGCCUUCUUUCCUCGGGGAUGACGAUGACGAACAGGACAAGGCCGCGGCUCUGCGGUCGGUGCAGCGGUUUCUCCAGCGCGCAGGGUAUCUCCGCCGCAAAAAGCACGUCGUGCAAGGAAAGCUCAAGCACGCCCGGCUGCUCGUGAAGUACCUGAAGGAACUCGACGCAAACAGGCAACUGUCGCCUGCCCAACGCCUCAGAGAGGUGUACUUGGAUGAAUCGUACGUUGAUAACAACAACAGCAACAACGAUCAGGGCAGCCACCGCAAGACGAACCGCGGUCGCCGCUACUGUUUCGCCCUCGCAGUCCAGGGUCCAGACCCGCGCACUUGUGUUGACGGCGACCACGACGAUCGCGCCCUUGCUGGGCCGGUUCCAAACUCGCCCUGGAUCUUCGACCCAAGCAGCGGACCGCAGCGGGAGCGGCAGCAACGGCAUGGGAAGCAGCAGCAGCAGCAGCAGCGGCAGCAAUUGCAGCAGCACGGCAACAUGCCACAGCAGUCGUCACGCAAGUGUGGGCGGUGUAAGCAGCCGGGCCACACCCGUAGGACAUGCCCUGUUGCUGACGACGAUCUCCCUCAACAGCAGCAGCAACCAAAACAGCGCCGUGCGCGGAGCAAGGCGCAGCGUGGGGCGUUUCACACAGGCGACUACCACAAGGCAUUCAAUGCGCAGAACUUCCUCGGCUGGUUCAAGGAGGCGCUGCUGCCAAACCUGCAUCAGCCAUCACUCAUCAUCAUGGACAACGCCGCCUACCACCGCACCCUCCCGGCAGACACGCCAGUGCCCGAGCAGAUGAACAAGGCAGACGUCAUCGCGGCCCUGCAAGCGAGGGGUGUCGCUGUGAGUGAGACGGACUUUGCCAGCGAGCUCAGACUCCGUCUGCAGCAGUGGGUGAACGACAACGUGCAGCCGGAGGUUGUGCAGUUGGCCGCAGCCCAGGGCCACAGGGUGCUCUUCUCUCCGCCAUCGUACAGCGACCUCAACCCAAUGGAGGUGGUGCUGGCGCUCAUUAAGGGCAACGUCGCUCGAAGGGGCAAGACCACCGCCACGUCGGCCACCUCGACCAUCGAUGUGGGCGGGUGUUUGGAGGAGGAAAUUCAGCAGCUGGCACAAGACCGCGGGCAGUACCGCAAGGACGGGAAGACGCGCGUGCAGGCGAUCAUCGACUCGGUGGACACGCAGCUGGAGCGGCAGCGACGCAUCCUCGAUGAGAGGGAGCAAGACGAACACGAGGACGAACACGAGGGCGAAGACGAGGGCGAAGACGAAGAGGAAAAGGAGGGAGAAGAGGGAGACAAGGCAAUGGAAGGGUUGAUGGUUGACCUGGCUGUGUUUGCCUUUUUGUGA